GAUUGUCAAAAGACGUCAGCGUGACAGCCGACAAUCGUAAAUACCAAGUGGACGACACUUUUGAGGAUUUGAUGGAGUGGCUUUUGUUUCCGUCUUACGAGCCGAGUGUUUACAUGCUGCGCACUUAGUGAUGGAGUCCGACUUGACGGAUAUUUACGGUUUCGGCGACUUCCCCAAGUACUUGGAGGAUGAUGUGUUCGACGACAAAAUCGAUGACAUGCUCACCGCCGAUAUCGACAUGGAAAUAUUUGAUAAACUCAGCGGUUUCCACAGUACAAGCUCGGCGGCGAGGUCGCCGCCCAUCUUGCAGUCUAUAUCGAGUCCGACAAUAAACCCAGACGAUUUUCUGAAUGACGUGGACGGCGAAGAUGUUCUGACUACAUCCAGCGACCGCUCAAGCCCGUCCCUUUCGAACAGCCCGUCGUCGCCCUCGUCUUCUUUCUCUCUAGAUAACAUAAAGCACGAAUCUAGCUCGGACGAAUCGGUAAAUACAGAAGGAGGCCGCGUUUUUCAGAGCUAUGUCCCACCGACAGUCGCUGCGCCCACACCAAUAUUCCAACAACAAAACGGCGCGAUCCGGAUAUUGCAAGGCACGCUUAUACCCGUGUCAACUAUCAAAAUUGAAGCACCCUCCGCCACGGUCAAGUCUGUUCAACCUCUUGUUCUUGCCACGAGCAAUGGUUGCCCCCGGGUCGGUCGGAAUAAAGUGGUCCUGCCGAAGCUAGACGCGGCGAGUUGUCAUAAAAGCGUACACAAGACAAGCCAGCAGCCACUUAUCGAGCCGGUUGACGAGAAGGCUCUGAAGAAACAGCUCCGGAUGAUCAAAAACCGUGAGUCGGCGUCAAUUUCCCGCACGAAGAAACGGCAAUACGUGAUGUCGCUGGAGACGCAGGUGAAAAGCCUUCUAGUGGAGAACAGUGUCCUGAAGAAUGAAAACAACAACUUAAAGGCGCAAAUCAGCAACAUGCUGGCAACCUGCCAAUGUCGAGUGGCGCAGUACAGCUACAUUACGAAGACCAUUUCGCCGCAGAGCCGUAAAAAUGCUGCAAUCUUACUGGCCAUGAUAUUUAUGGUCUCAAUGAGCGUUGGAAAUUUCAAUUCGCUGCUUUCUCGAAACGCUUUUCCCCAGGAAGCUCCACUUUCACAACAUUCAAAUGACAAAGUUGGAAGGAGUUUGCUCUGGACCGAUGAAAGUAUUCCUUCUAGCACGGACAGCUCCCUAAGAAAUAUCACAAGGACCGUGAGAUGCCUUUCAGCGUUGAAUCAAACCGAGAACAGUCGCAUUGAGACUGAUCUGCGCAAUUGGAUCGGAAUCAACGAGGAACUGAACACGACGUAUAGUUCCGACGACAUGACCAACUUCAUGUCAGGUUUUCAUGGCAUAUUUAACCCUAAUUUUAAGAGCCUUUAUAGAGCACAUAAGAACUACUUUAAGAGGAAGAAUCCGCAUUUAAACCAGGACUGGCUGCAGUCCAAGAAGCGACGUUUUAACGGUCAACAGGCGCAGCGCGCCCAGCGGCUGAAGAAUCAAAUGCAACUCUUCUACCCAUCGCGGAGGAAUCGAAGCUUCUCCAAACUGUUUGAAGAGAUCGGUCGCCGGAACGAUACUUUCUACGUGCUGUCGUUCAACAACGACCACCUCCUGCUCUCUGCCGCCAACCACAACAAAACUGCACGACCCAAGAUGUCCUUCGUCUUGCCGGCGGACGAUUCUUUCCAGAACGACAAAGUCACAUUGAUGCAGAUCGACUGCGAGGUUCUGAAUACGUCGAUCAUCGAACUGAAGAAGGAAUUUAUCCCGCAACAUCUCCGAACCCCGUCUGGUGCUGGUACUGGUGCCAAUGCUCAAAGGAAUAGUACGCGGACGUUCAAUGUUCCCAACAAAUACGACAUUUUCGAAAUGGCGAAUCGGUCAACCCGACGUGAGGCUAAGGAGAAGGACGAUUAUAAUAAGAUUUACAAACCGUAUUUUAUAGAUAAACCGAAUUUCGCCAAGGAAGCUGGCGGUGAUUAUAGUGAAGUAUUUCUAACGUAGACGCUGACGAAUUUCGUUGAUUACAAAUCGUUAAUCGGCAUUUUGCAAUAUUAUUAAUUUAACAAUAAAGUUUACACGAAUAUUAGUUAUU